AGAUGGUGAGAAUUGGACGCUUUACCACGAGUGAGUGCUUCUGGCAAUAGUACUAGCAGCGGUUUUUAAGAACAGUUUAAUUAACAAUUCACCCCUUCCAAUUUAGAUAUCUGAAUGGAGGAUCCCUGGAAUAUUUAAUACGUAAAUACAACGACGGUGGCUGGGUAAUUCCGGAGAUAUUUAUUUGGCAUGUUGCCGCCGAAUUAAGCAAAGCAUUGGCAUAUUUGUACUAUGGCUGGACUCCAGUGAAUCGCUGCAGAGUCAGUGGCUGGACUAUGGCUUACCACCGGGCUAUAACGCCAAGUAAUAUUCUCCUCGAAUACUCAGGGAGGAAUCCGGGCGCUGCACCUAGAGCCGGCAUUGAAUCAAAUGCUUUCCCCCGGGUUGUACUAUCUAACCUUUCGCACUCGGCCAUAGAAGAUGACGACGAUGCUUGGCUAAAGCCAGGCCUUCAUGCAAAUGAGGCACAUCCGAAUGAAUGGGAGGACGUCUACCAUCUUGGUUGCGUGUUACGCCUUAUGUGCAUGACCCAUAUUCGGCUCGGGGAGGGUUUAAUAGCUCACCAGCAUGUGAAAAACGAGCGGGGCGAACAUGCCUGGAGCCAUCGGCCAGACAGCAGGUUCCUCGAUGAUGUUAACAUAACGCCUGCGCUAUCUCACCCUGCAGGUCCAGGCUAUUCCGACUUUCUUAUGGAUAUCUUGGGUACAUUUGAAUGGGACGGUCAAAGAGACAACGAUAUUGUCUCAGAGCCAUAUAGGGAGGAUGCGGUUCCUAGUAUUGAUUGGGUAGUAGAUACGUUGCUGCCCCGGGCAGAGAUCCAGGUCGAAUCUUUUAGACAGGGACGCAAACCCAAGGAUCACUUUACCAAUGUUGAUGUAUCGUGGACGAGGCCAUGUGGCCCUUUAGUGCCGAUUUUGUUUAAUGAUGAAGAAGAAAACAUCCUCGACCGUACGGAGUAUCUACUAAAGACAAAAAGGGAUUUUAUGGAAAACUGCGAGUUACAAUUCCCAUUGCCUAAGUACCGCGAAAUGGAUUGAUCAAUGUUUAUUGUAUAGUUGGGUAGUUGGGAGGUAUUGGGUAUGGGUUAUAUAGAAAGGAGUAUUGUGGAGAUGAAC